UGUAACCCGAGCCUGCACCAUGUGAUCAGCAGCAGUGGGAAUUUAGGAGGAAGACGGGUAGAACAGAGACGGUAAUAAACCCGCGAUGAGUGAUCGAGUGAUCUGGACAUGGCCGUCGGUGUGUAACGGACUGCCUCCGUCUCCGCUCCGGACGAGAGAAGAAGAAGAAGAAGAAGAAGAGGAAGAUUAAUAAUUAUAAGGGUUUCACCAAAAAAUACGCAAAGUCUGACGCACUAAAGCGCCGAGUUUCGUGCGCGCGCGCAGGUGAAGCGGAAGCGACCUGCGGCUCUGGACAGAUCUGGAUGGAGCUCCGCGUCUGAAUCACCGGAAAGGCCCGAGUGUGAUCAGGAGGAGAAGUUACGAGGAGAUUACAGACGCCGCUGUGGUGAUAUUCAGCCCCAGCAUGGUUUUCUCCUCGGUGCCGUACUGAGCGUCCAGAGGCUCGGGGCGGAGGGUGUCGGAGUGACGGUUUGUCGCAGGAUCCAGGCACUCUGGAGCGCACCAUGCUGCAGACGGGCUUCACGGCAGGCGGCCACCUACUCCGGCUUGCCAAGAAUGACACUAUGCCGACUAACGCCACUGACGUUCCAGGUCCUCCACGUCAGGAAUUGAAGAUCGUGGAGAUCGUUGUGCCGAUCGUGGUAAUACUGGUCCUCAUAUUGAUAGGAGUUCUGGUCUUCCUGUUCUUCACGCUGAGGAAGAAGAGGCAGACGGAAGGAACGUACAGGCCGAGCUCUGAGGAACAGACGGGUGCACGCAGCGUCGAGGCACCGAACGCCCUCAAACUGCCCAAAGAAGAGAGACUCAUUUAACGCGCGCUCAGUGCUGCCAGGACGCGGUGUCGAAUGCACCGGACAUUUCUCAAAAACGAGUCCGAUUACUUUCGAAUGAAUCACAGGAGGAAGCACACGGGUGUGUAACGCCUGGAGAGCGUUCCAGCUGACGGCUGUUGGCUCACGGCGAGGCUCUCUGUCAAAAAACAACAACACACACACACCCAUCAUUCUCUCCUUGUGGUAAACUACAGAGAAAAGAGCUGCAACGAGGCGUCGUCGAAUCCCUACCUGGUUAAUUGGUUGAAAACCUGAACUGAAAACAAAGACCUGAUCUUCCCUAGAGGUCAGGGGUGUGAAUACUUUUGGAGUCGAUGGAUGUUUGUCUGCCUCUUUCCCAAAGAAGACAUUUUUCCUGUUCCUGUUUGUUAAGUCUUGAUUCAAAUCACUUGCCUUUACCUGCUGCUGUAUGCUAUAAAUCAAAGACACUUUUUAAAUAUAUAUAUAAAUAUAUAUAUUUUUAAAGAGUUUACCAAAUGUUAUUUUUAGAUUAGUUAAAACUUGAACCACUAGGAUUUACCACGAGUGAUUAUUUACCUCAGAUUUUCCAGAAAUGUCCACAGUGCGGCAAUCGCACCGCACCGCUUUUAAUCAAACUCAUGAUGAAUGUACUUGAAUUGUAUUUGUAAUAGUACUUUUUUUUUUUUUUUUUAUAAACCGCAUCAAUUUAGGCAUAAAUCGCCUUGUGGACCUAAAGAUCAGUUGACGUAGACGAUAUGUUAGAUCUUUGAUUUCAUCCCUCAUAUCUGAUCCUUUCUGAUUUUGAUAAACGAUUGGACGAUUUGCUGUGUCUACAGAACGUACGCACGAAGCACCGCCAUGAGAAACAACGAACUUGAUUAGCUGUCUAAACAUUUGUCUAAACAUGCUAAUCUGAUAGAGAGGCAGAGAGGAAAAACAGAUAUGUGGUGAUCCUGCUGGAUAAACACAGCAGAAGACAUUUCUUCUGGAGAGGAUGUACAGUUGUAUGACUUUGUACAAGGGCAAGGAAACAGAUAUUAAAUUAUAAUUUAAUAAGA